AUGCCUGACGGACCGUUCGGCAUCUAUGCGGCCUUUGCGCCGACCAGUGCUGCAGCCUCGGAGGAGAGGCCAUUGCCUGGGGCUCCAGAUCAGCAGAGGAUUGAUGCAGAUGUGGAGGCGGCCGUUUCUGGAGGCCGUGAUGACAAGAUAGCCUCUACGACCGCGCAGGGCUGGGACAAUCCGGAGCUGUCUUCAGGUCCACAUUUGCGUGGACUUGUUGUUGUGGCCUCCCUCCUCUUCUGGUUUGCUACCAGGCUAUGGCUGCCGCAGGUGUCCAUGCUUCCCUUUGUGAUGCUUUGCACAGCAUCGACAAGUGCACUGUGGUGCACGCAGGAAGGUGUUGUUGUUUCGCUGGGGCCAGUUCCGCUCUGCAUCUUCAGACGGCGUAUACCUUAUAGGGACAUUGCUGCCAUCAUGGUGAUCCGCGGGCGCAAGUCUGUUGCAGCCGCGGUGGCGAAGCAUUUUCUCUGCCUGUGGCAACCUUUUGGGUAUGCUUACGCGCUGACAUUGGGCAAGGAAAUAGUCCACAUCCGGCUGCGUCAUGACGAGGAGAAGAACCACGCAGACACAAGACUAUCUGCUCUGCCCAUCAGCUGGCUGUCGUGGCAGAGAUGUGGCUCCCGCACAAUGCUGGUUUCUGUGGACAAGGCCGAUGACGUUGUGGCCCACACUCAGUUCCGCUCAGAGCACGGCCCGCAG